GUUGCGGGGCGUCCCGGGAAGGUUCCGGGUGACGCCUUCUGGUCCGGGGGCGGACGGUCACAGAGCUGCUUGGCUGUAAGGCAUAGGAAUUGACAACCGAGAGGAGGCUCUAUCGAGAUCUGAAAGACUGAGCAGCCUGGCAGGGGAGGGGAUUCGAGGUUGGGGGACAGCCAGGGAGAGAGUCUGAUAUGCCGCUGGGGACGUGACCGCUCGGGGACCGAAGCAGGACCUGGCCUGGCCGGACCCAGCCAGGGAAACUCGUCUUGUUUGGGCCUAAUUUCCAGCAGUUGGCUAGGCCUCACCAGAGCCUUUCCGUGUGGCCGCCGCUCUUCUCUGGAGAGAAUGGCCUCCCCGAGCUCCCCGCUGGAGCCAAAGGUAAGGCACCAUUUUUGACCUUCUUCUGUGUCUUCUGCGCCUGGCAUGAUGCCUGGACCCAAAGUAGAUGCUUAAAGAACCUGAUGGAAUUGAAUUGAAUAGGGUCACAAGCGAAUGCGAAUAGAGAAUUGGAGCGGGACAGUGAGGAGGAGUGGGAUUAUCUGGACCCAGCUCAGAGAAGCCUCUAUAAAGAUGUCAUGAUGGAGAAUUAUGGAAACCUGGUCUCACUGGAUGUUUUGAACAGAGAUAAGGAUGAAGAACCAACUGUAAAACAAGAAAUUGAGGAAAUUGAGGAAGAAGUGGAGCCACAGAGUGUAAUAGUUACAAGAAUCAAAAGUGAGAUUGACCAGGAUCCCAUGGGUAGAGAAACCUUUGAACUUGUUGGUAGAUUAGAUAAACAGAGAGGUAUCUUCUUAUGGGAAAUACCACGGGAAUCUUUGACCCAGGAGCAGAAAAUAUUCAGAGGAAACACUAACGUUAUUCAUAAGAAACAAAACUCAGAAGAAAAAUGCCAUAAAUGUGAAGAAUGUGGAAAAGGUUUUGUCCGCAAGGCCCAUUUCAUUCAACAUCAAAGGGUCCAUACUGGUGAGAAACCUUUUCAGUGCAAUGAAUGUGGAAAGAGUUUCAGUCGCAGUUCAUUCGUUAUUGAACAUCAGAGAAUUCACACUGGGGAAAGGCCCUAUGAGUGUAAUUACUGUGGAAAAACCUUUAGUGUGAGCUCAACCCUUAUUAGACACCAGAGAAUCCACACUGGAGAAAGACCCUACCAGUGUAAUCAAUGCAAACAAAGCUUCAGUCAGAGAAGGAGCCUUGUUAAACAUCAAAGGAUCCAUACAGGUGAGAAACCCCAUAAAUGUAGUGACUGUGGGAAAGCCUUCAGUUGGAAGUCACACCUUAUUCAGCAUCAGAGAACUCACACUGAUGAGAAACCCUAUCACUGUACCAAAUGUAAGAAAAGCUUUAGCCGAAAUUCAUUGCUCGUUGAACAUCAGAGAAUCCACACUGGGGAAAGACCCCACAAAUGUGGUGAAUGUGGGAAAGCCUUUAGAUUAAGUACGUACCUUAUACAACACCAAAAAAUUCACACUGGUGAGAAACCUUUCCUUUGUAUAGAAUGUGGAAAAAGCUUUAGUAGGAGCUCAUUCCUUAUUGAACAUCAGAGGAUCCAUACCGGUGAAAGGCCUUAUCAGUGCAAAGAGUGCGGGAAAAGUUUUAGUCAGCUUUGCAAUCUUACUCGUCAUCAGAGAAUUCACACAGGAGACAAACCUCAUAAAUGUGAGGAAUGUGGAAAAGCCUUUAGUAGAAGCUCAGGUCUUAUUCAGCAUCAGAGAAUCCACACCAGGGAGAAGACUUAUCCAUACAGUGAAACUAAGGACACUUUUGAUCCAAAUUGCAGUCUUGUUAUACAGCAGGAGAUCUACCCUAAGGAAAAGUCUUACAAAUGUGAUGAAUGUGGGAAAACUUUUAGUGUUAGUGCUCAUCUUGUACAGCAUCAAAGAAUCCACACUGGCGAAAAGCCCUAUCUGUGUACUGUUUGUGGGAAAAGCUUUAGUCGGAGUUCAUUUCUCAUAGAACAUCAGAGAAUCCACACUGGUGAGAGACCCUAUCUCUGCAGACAGUGUGGCAAAAGCUUCAGUCAGCUUUGUAAUCUCAUUCGACAUCAGGGUGUUCACACAGGUAAUAAGCCCCAUAAAUGUGAGGAAUGUGGGAAGGCCUUUAGCCGGAACUCAGGUCUUAUUCAACACCAGAGAAUACACACAGGAGAGAAACCUUACAAGUGUGAGAAAUGUGACAAAAGUUUCAGUCAACAGCGCAGCCUUGUCAACCAUCAGAAGAUCCAUGCAGAGGUGAAAACUCAAGAAACCCAUGAAUGUGAUGCUUGCGGUGAAGCCUUCGAUUGCCAUAUAUCUCUUAUUCAGCAUCAAAAAUUGCAUACUGCAUGGAUGCAGUAAGUGUAGAGAAAUAAGUAGGCUCAGUUUAAUUUGAGAUUAUCUACCCAAGUGCAGUUUUAGUCUGGCUCAAUAUGAGUCAAAUUUUCUGGUAAAGCAAAUUGUCCUUGGCUUCAGGCAAAUGGUUUCUAAAGAUCCUGUGAAUAGUGGACACAUGUCCAUGGCCAGUUGACUUCUAAUUACUCUGUUUUCAUGAUCAUAGACAAAGACUUACUAAUUUAAGUGUCUUUUAACAAAUCUUUCAGCAGAGAAGUUGAACCCAGGUGUAGAACAUGGAAGUGCUCUAAAGGACAAAGUUGAAUUAGUGCAAGGAAACUGGGAGCAGCUGAGUUAGAAAACUGAGAAUAAUGAUUCAGAGAAUCUUCUGCCACCAUCUUCAUGGUGGUCCUUUCAAUUCCAUUACGUUUGGCUGUGCAUGCCAAAGCCUAGUGAUUAACCAUAUGUAAGUUGUCAAACAAAGCUCAGUUGUUUUUGAAAUCAGUAUACAAAGUUUUUGUCAUUUAUUUAAGAAAGUUAACUGUUCGGCAUGCGAGUUAAUAAAAGGCAGUUCCAGUGCCUGGUUAUUCCCAGAUCAGUGAAAUGAGUGAACCAUUAAGUUUACAUGUAAAGAUCAUGUGAGUAAUUAACAAACCUCGCCUAGCAAAGGUGUUACCAAGCAAUCUUUGGGAGUGCCUUUUUCCCCCCAAGAUGGGCCUAAAAAAGUAGAAGAUAACUGUUCUUUUGUGCUGUCCCAUCUGUGAAAGAUAUUUGUAAUACUAUACGAAUAAGCUUAUUCCUGCACAACCAAGGAGCAUGUGAAAGUGUACAUAUUUUGGUUACCAAGAAUUGGAAAUAAAAAGACUUGGAGUUUAUGCUAGGAAGCUUGAGAUAUUUUGGUAUUGCUUUGGGUUUUAUAGUAACUAGAUUUUGCAUGCAAUUUUAAAUUUUUUAUUUCUGGUUCUAGGGCUUCCUUUAGAUAAUGGUUGUUUUAUAAACCUGUUAAGUCAUCAUUUGAAUCAAUUAAAACCAGUUUUGUUUUUGUCUUUUUUUGCUUCAUGUAGGAGUUUUUUGUUAAAACCAGUCCUAUCAACUACAUUACUGUGUUUUUAAAAUUAAAAUCAAGGAUUUGAAGGAACUCA